AUGGCAGGCGAGGGUGUCACGGCCAUGAUCGUGGCUGCUGACGCCGGAGACAACCCGCUGGCGGACCGCCGCGAGGACCGGAAGGCGGCGGCAGAGCGGGAGAGGAAGGCCAAGGUGGCGAAGGUCGCCUCGCAGGCGACGAACGCGAUGGCGGCAGUGCGGGCGCAGCUCGAUUUGCGGAAGGUGGCAGCAGACAAGGCGGCGAACAAAGCCAACGACGACGCGGGGGCGCCGGUGAGGGCGUCGUCCACGAUGCUCGAACGAGUGUUCGAUGCCCGCCUCGACGGUCCGGACAAAUACGUUGUGGCUCGACGAAAGGAGCGAAAGACGGCUGCCGGGGCUGGCACUGCUGCCGAUUUGGCGGCGGGUUUGGAGAAGAUGACGGACUCCGUCGUCAAGAUGGCGAGGAGAGACGGCAAUACCAAACAAAUCUAA